UCACACCGACAAAGAAUAAUUUUCUGACAGAAAAUACGUUUGCUUGACAUCAACGCGGUGCGCCCCCCCCGGACCAUUUGCUUUAUAAAUACCAGUGCUCUUUAUGUUCAAAAGAAUUGCCGCUGUACGAAUCCUUUCUUAUAAUCCGAUUAUACGAUAAAUUUUCAGGAGAUAGGUUACCAGAACGAUGAUUCAAUCGGCAUACAACCCUAACACCCGCACGCCGUUCGUGAGGACCAGCUGCACGACUGCCGGGAGCACGAAGGUUAAAAGCUCUAGGGUUUCCUCGUCUUCUUCCACAAAUCUUCGCAUUCUCGCGGCCCGAAGCAGAUCCUCGAAAUCUCUGUUAAAUGGCGGUAAAGUUUCCGCUGUUGUUGAACUCGCGGCAGAUUUGUUGGAAACGAAGGAGAGGCAGCAGAACACGAUCCGGAAGAGAGCUGAACUGCGUGUGAAUCCGCCGCCGCCAGAAGCUGCGCAAACGGACAGAUUCAGUCCCGUCGAAUUGCAAAAAUUUGCAAGCCGGCUCGAAGAGGUUUACAGAAACAGCCCAUCGGUGUCUCCAAAAGAGGAUCUAGGUCAAGACUGGAGAAAAUACCAGGGUUCCAAUGACUGGGAAGGGCUUCUGGAUCCUUUGAGUCCAAAACUCAGGCGAGAGAUUUUAAAAUACGGGGAAUUCGCCGAGGCGACCUACGCCGCCUUCGACUUCGAUGCGCAGUCCAGGUACUGUGGCAGUUGCAGGUACAACCGGCAAAGGCUGCUGGAGAAACUGCACCUUCAGAACACGGGUUACCGGGUCAGCAAGUAUCUGUACGCCAUGUCUGACGUCCACAUGCCCAAGUUCUUCGGGCGGUCGAAUUCAAUGGACCCGUGGAGCAAAGACUCCAACUGGAUGGGCUACGUGGCAGUGAGCAACGAUGAGGAGACGAAGCGCCUUGGGAGGCGUGAUAUCAUGGUGGCGUGGCGUGGCACUGUCACACAGCUGGAAUGGAUGGAGAAUCUGCGUGAUAUUCUUCACCCGGUCGGUGACCUCGGCUGCUCAGAGUGCACCGAUAUUAAGGUGGAGCGUGGGUUUCUAAGUAUUUAUACUUCUAAAAAUGACGCCACCCGAUAUAACAAGCACAGCGCAUCGGAACAAGUAACGGAGGAGAUACGCCGCUUGGUGGCGCUGUACACGGGGCGUGGUGAGGAGGUGAGCAUUAGCAUCUGUGGGCAUAGCCUCGGUGGCGCCCUAGCGCUUCUUAAUGCCUUUGAAAUAGCCGCUAAGGGAGUGAAUGUGCAUGCAAACGACCCAGCUCGGAAAGUUCCCGUUACUGUCUUCUCGUUUGGGGCUCCACGAGUGGGGAACGGUGCUUUCAAAGACACGGUGGAGGAGCACGGCGUGAAGGUCUUACGUGUUGUGGGCAAGCAAGACGUGGUACCCAAAAUGCCUGGCAUUUUGUUCAAUGAAGGAAUGGAGAAAUAUGAGAAAGUAAUUGGGCAUGUGUUGGAGUCUCUCCCUUGGUCAUAUAAACAUGUAGGGGUUGAAUUGGGGUUGGAGAUCAAGAAAUCUCCGUUCUUGAAGAGUAACCCUGAUCUGGCUGGGUGCCAUAAUUUCGAGGUGUAUUUGCAUUUGUUGGAUGGGUUUGAAAGUUCGAGUGCUCCUUUUCGAGUCGAGGCUCGACGUGAUGUGUCUUUGAUUAAUAAGGCUUCUGAUCUGUUGCGGAAGGAUUUGAUGGUGCCCAGUAAUUGGCAUCAAUUGGAAAACAAAGGGUUAGUGCAUAAUUGCUAUGGAAGGUGGGUACAGCCUGAGCGAGAUGCUGAUGAUGUGCCCUCUCCACAUGGUCUAGGCAGCUUUUCAAGUUGAUUUUGGGUCAUAAGGGGGUAUGUAAGCUCUAAUUGUACACAAUUAAUAUCAAAUUUAUUGUGCAGAUUCUUUUG